GAGAAGAGCGCAUGCGCGUGCAACUCGGUAUAUAGUGUCCGCCACGUGGCCAGGCACCGCAGUGCGUAGUGGUAGCGACGACAACAUGGCUCGCUCUUUUCUUCUAUGGGGGCUAUUGCUGAUUGGCAUCGCGAAGGCAUCAUCAGUCCGGGUCCUGCCCAGAGAAAAACGACAGCUAGGACUGAGAGCCGCUUUGGAUUUGCCAGUGACGACGGAGGAACUUUGCCAAAACAAAGCAAGUGACGAGUUCUUCAGAUUGGCAGAAGUUGCUGAUUGCAGAGAUGUAUUUCGGUGCGACCGGAGCGGAGGCCAGGGGCCCAUACGAUUAGCUGCCGUACGUUGCCCUGCGGGCUUGGCUUUCGACAUCAACAGACAAGUCUGCGACUGGAAAAGGAAUGUCAGGAACUGCGACCAGCUAGAGAAGCCUCCUAAAAUAAAACCACUGCUGAAUACGGACAACCCUAUCUGUCCCCAAGGACAAUUAGCAUGUGGGGACGGUGUGUGUCUGCCAAAACCCCUAUUUUGCGACGGAAAGCACGACUGCGACGAUGAAUCCGACGAGAAUGCUUGCGGUGUCGACGAGGACCCAAACCGCGCUCCUGAGUGCGACAAGCAACAAUGCGUGUUGCCAGACUGCUUCUGCUCAGCGGACGGCACCCAAAUCCCGGGAAAUCUCAACCCCUCGAACACGCCACAGAUGAUUACUAUCACUUUCUCGGGUGCUGUCAAUUUCGAUAACGUCGACCUUUAUCAGGAUCUGUUUACGGAAGACCGUAAGAAUGCCAACGGAUGCCAAGUGAAAGCAACUUUCUUCGUCUCCCACAAGUACACCAACUAUUCCGCUGUGCAGGAGCUUCAUCGCAAGGGCCACGAAAUCGCUGUAUUCUCCAUCAGCAACAGGGAAGACCCCGAGUACUGGACCCACGGAACUUACGACGACUGGCUGACGGAGAUGGCAGGGGCUAGGCUCAUCACCGAGAGGUUCGCCAACAUCACGGACAAUUCAAUCAUAGGUGUCAGGGCACCGUUUCUCAGGGUGGGUGGCAAUACUCAGUUCGAAAUGAUGACAGACCAGCUCUUCAUUUAUGACGCUUCGAUCACUGCCCCGCUAAGCCGGAUGCCUUUAUGGCCUUACACCAUGUAUUUCCGGAUGCCUCAUAAAUGUCACGGCAAUGCUCAGAACUGCCCGUCCAGGUCUCAUCCUGUUUGGGAAAUGGUCGUCAAUGAACUGGAUAGACGAGAUGAUCCUGAAUUCGACGAAACACUCCCGGGUUGUCAUUUUGUCGAUUCCUGCUCGAACAUUCGAACAGGCAGCCAAUUCCGCCACUUUCUCGAACACAACUUCCAGCGACACUACCGGACCAAUCGCGCCCCUCUGGGUCUCCAUUUCCAGGCUGCCUGGCUGGAAAGCAACAAAGACUUCAAGAAGGAACUGAUCAAGUUCAUCAACGAAAAGACCGCCCAAAACGACGUCUAUUUCGUCACGAUGCUGCAAGUGAUUCAGUGGAUGCAGAGCCCAACGGAAGUCACAGGUAUCCGGGACUUCGACGACUGGAAGGAGAAAUGUGACGUCAAGGGGCUGCCUUACUGUUCUCUGCCCAAUGUGUGUCCCCUCCACACCAGAGAACUCCGAGAAGAGACCCUCAACCUGCACACCUGCAUGGACUGCCCGCGCAAUUAUCCUUGGUUGCUGGACCCCACGGGUGACGGCAUUGACUUGGUUUAGCUCCCAAAAACAAAGGGCAACGGAACUUCCAGCAACCACAAGACUGUGCUAGUGGGUUUAUUAUCGGCAUGAGGUAUCCUCCAUGACCUUACGGUUCACCCACCCAGGCCAUUCAGCAUAUAUUCUAGUCUUUCUUAUAUCAGGCCUGGUGCCUGAUUCUCAUAAUUAACCUUAUAUGUUAACGAAAAUUGAUUUAUUUUUCCGGUUAUAUUGUGGGGGAAGGACAAAGUUACUCAGCAAAAUAAUACUCCUCGUUCUAAAACUAAAUCAAUAUAAAUCAAAGCUCCUUUGAAACCACUAAAUCAAUAUAAAUCAAAGCUCCUUUGAAACUACACACAUCACAUAAAAUUAAUAUCACACUACCCCCUUAGUGUCUGAUGUACGAAGGGCGAGAAAAUUUGGCAUACCCCGUGACGAACGUUAUCGUUGAUUUAACAACCCAUCCCACAUUCCUCGAUCUGUACCUUUGUCCAUCUCACACAAAAACAGUCAAGUAAAGGUUCCCUCUAUUUCUAAUAAUUUUUUUUUUUUUGCAGUUUCAUUAAUAAACGUAUUUGGUUGUUAUGUUUCUAGGUUUUAAGUGGUUUGUUGGCGAUUUUUUUUCAUCGUCUACGGCACCUUCGUAAAGGUUCCAUCAUGUAUCUAGUGCUUUAUUUCCCUUCGGUAAUUGAAUGGUUUUAUCCCCAUAAACUUGACGCUGGCUAGUAAUUACACUGUUUUCAAAUCGCGAUAAAACUCGAAAUAGACCAAUCAUAAUCAUGACGGUCAAUAUAUCGGAAUAAAUACUAGAAAGAUACCUAUUCAUCAGUAUGUGGCUAAGCAAAUUCCUCAUCAGGGGUGAAGGCAUAAACUCCUUACACUGCAUCUUUCGCUUGUUAAUUAAACGGACAUAAGAAACACAGGAAACACAACACGUUAGGAUAAGCUUUUACACAAAACAAUGAGAACUACAUUGACUCUGUUAAAAUGCAUUCUCCGUCAAGGUCCACAACAUCCCAUACCCAUUAUUUCUUAAAACCUCUACCUAUCACAUCGCGCUGUCACGUCUAAUCCAACAUAUCUACAUUCAAUCACACUAUACCAACAUCAUAAAUACAAAACGAUCACACUAUACCCACAUCAUAAAUAAAAACAAGUAAAAACUAGGGCGAAGUGUCUCCGGCACAAACGAGUCUUCUGCAUAUCGUAUAACGCUGUUAUUGUGGCUGUUAUGAAACUCAGCCACGGCUCAGGAAACUCUCAGUCGCGGCCCAUGAAACACUCACCCACGGCCCGGUGAUGCCCAGUGUUGCUGGCGCCUAUACCGGUGCCAGACGCACGAUCAUGACCAAUUUUAAACUUAAAUAAAACUGAGGCAUGAGGGCUGCAAUGUUCAGUCCUCUAGACUCAGUAGUUUUGAAGAUCUGAGGGCAGACAGAAAAAGUUCGGACGUACAGACAAAGCCAUCUCAAUAGCCUUCUUUUACAGAACACUAAAAGCUAGACACCAAGACUACUGAAGUAGCCUAAUCCUCACGACAUCCCUGUAGCCGGUAACACCACUAACCGUCAAAACCGCCUCACCCCAUUCCAUUCCAGUCACAUUCCAGGAAUAUGUUUAGAAAACAUUCCAGAAAUAUGUUUAGAAACUAGUUCCCCUAACGCACGAAGCAAUAGAAUGUAAGGUGGCACUUUUUCUAGCCUCUGUUAGUAAAUAUUUUACGAUUAUGUUAAUUAUGUAUUAAGUUUUCGUUUUAAGUGUGAUAGCGGUGUGUUCAAUAUAUCUUUCUAUAAACACUACUUUAAGUAUGUUAAGCGUUUUUCUUUUGCGAGUUUAAGCUUCUUUUCCAAAGAGUAUUCAAGGAUACCCACCUCAUAGUUAAAUGAAAGCUUUUUAGUCUCAGGUUCCACCUGACAGGGAAGGGGAGGAGGGGGAACAGAGUAACCUUCUCUCCCCUGUGUCGGAAAGUGCCAGUAGCUUAUCCACGUGUUAAUUUUUUUUACUGUAUUUUCUGUUUAGUGUUAUGCUUCAAUUAUGCUGACAUGUACUGUUUAUUUUUUAUCAUGAAUACCAUGUAUGUUAUAAGGGUUCAAUAAAUUUUUAUAAUUCUCACACUGAAGUAGGUACUAAAUGUCUAAUACAUACUUCCCAAGAGAGAAAAUAGAA